AUGCGAGCAAGAGCAAGCCCGACAGUCCAGACUGCAACCAUGUUCAAUCCCGACAGCCAUGUCGGCCCCUUGUCAAUCGACACCAGGCGGACCAGCAUCGACCGCUCCUCUGACCGCUCAGCCGCCGCGCGCCAAGACGUCGGCAAGGCCACGGUUGAGCUUGCCUCCAUCAUGGCCAUCGCUUCCAACCCCGUCUCCCCGGGCGCCUCCAGCCCUCCUAUCCCGCAAGGGUCUAGGAUACAGGACUUUUCUCCGCCCGCCCGCCCGAGCAGCACGCCCUUUCCAGAACCCGAGCUUGGCCAGACGAAUAUUCGAUGCCUCAGCUGUCCGUCCCAGCCAGCCUCUGGCUAUGGGCCAGGCCACGGCCACGAUCAUAACCACCACCACCAUCAUCAUCAGCACCUCGUCGAAUCCCCAGUCCUCGGCACCACCGAGCCACUCUAUCCUCCACUGACGCAUACGAAUCUGGACGAUCUCCCUGCCGAGAUACACGAGUGUAUACUCGACCACCUGUUCGGGUACAGGGUUUCUGCCUCGUCUAAGAGCUCCUUGGGCAUACCCAGUGUCACCCGGAGUUGGGGCACAGCCUUGAGGCACUCGAGGCGGAAGGAACUCUCGGCACUAGCCCUGGUCAGCAGCAUAUGGAGGGCUCUCAUCCAGGAACGGCUAUACCGCCAUGUCAAGAUCAAGGCCACGGUGCAAUCCUUGAACGAUGCGGUGGCCUUCUUUGCCCAACACUCGCACCUUCGUCAAUACGUCAAGCACGUGGAGCUGUGGUUCGCCGUCUUCCAACCAAGAAAGAACGCCCCUGCCCUCUCCAGCUCGAUCCUUCCGCCCGUCACCAUCGACGGCCUGACGAACGCGUCAUAUGUGAUACCAACUGACAAUUGCUCGCUUGAGGAAGCCUUCUACUUCGUCAGCACCACGCUUCCUGAAGUCUGCGUCCUCACGCUCGAAGGAGGGGAGCGGAAGAAGGCCCCCAGGGUGCGUCACCAUAUCCUUGAAGAGGGGCAUGAGAAGCCCCUGCCCAAAAUUGCACCCGUCAGAACGCUCGUUUGCAAGGGCCAGUGGAACCUGAUAAGGAGCGAUGAUGACUUCGACGCCAUAGUCUACGCACUGCCGAAUCUUCAGGAGUGGCAUGGAAACUACAGCAAGGCCAAGUCCAAGAGCUACCUCUGUAUGGCUGCUAUCCUGCCGAAGCUCCCUCGCAGCCUAACCAGCCUGAGCCUGAAUUUGGAAGGCGUCGAAUACCGGCGGGAGCUGUCCUUUCCUGCGUACUUCCUCAAGGUUUCCAAUACGCUACACUUUUGCACGAAACUGGCCGAAGCCGCGCCAAGCCUCGAGCACUUCGCCUACACUGGCCGUGUCUGUCGCCAAUUCUUUGACCUUCUCGCGCGGCUUGUGGACCCGCGGACCACCCGGCUGAAAUCUAUUGACCUGACAGUCCGGAAUUGCUGCCGCCAUGUUGUUCACUGGAACGAGUCGGGUUCUGGCAUCACCGACAUGAACUUUAUCAACGCUUUCGAACAGCUCGUGCUGGCAGGAAUCAGAGCCCUCGGCAGGCUCAAGGCCGUGGAGUACUUGCGCAUCCGAUACGUGGAUUUGGACUCCCCGGUCCCACCGUUGAACCCCUACUUCAUCCUCCGGGACGGCUGGUGCUCUGGUGUCUGGAGCGAUGCCAUUGUAGCCGAAUUAAACCGCACUCGUCCCGAUGCCCAGUUCGAGGAUCUUGCUGAGUCCUUCGGUGAAGUGGGCAUUAACAAAGACGGCAGAAUGGUCAUCAGCCCCGAAUUCCCCAGAAGCCGCGUACUCUCCCUAAAACUCUCCAAUUAUGCAUAUCUCUCGGGAGGAAUUGCAGUGCCCUAG